AUGGCGCGCGAGAGUAAGGAACCGCGUGUGAAAAAGGAGCGGAAGGGAAAGAAAGAGUCGCGCAAGAAAGCAGCCGAUGAAAAGAAAGCCGCUGAGAAGGCUGAAGCAUUGGAUAAUAUGUCGAACGCUGACCGUCUUGCCGAGGAAGGUAUCAUUGCCACCUGUUCGCAUAAUGUGCGCAGCGUCCAUAAGAACUUUAAGGACAUCAAUGUGCUUAACUUUAGCAUUACGUAUUUUGGCAAAGUACUUAUGGAAGAGUGCGAUAUCUCGCUCAACUACGGUCGCCGUUACGGUCUCAUUGGCCGCAAUGGCUCUGGUAAAUCAACCUUUAUGAACGUUCUGGGAGCGCGUGGUAUCCCUAUUCCAGAAAGCAUCGAUAUCUAUCAUCUGAAACACGAGAUUGAAGCAAGUGACAUGACGGCCUUGGAAGCUGUGCUGUCAGUUGACGAAGAACGCAACAAGCUUCAGGCAGAGGCUGAUGAGCUUUCGGAGAAGAUGACCGACGAGUCUAUCAGUGAAGAGGACAGCGAAGCAAUUUCAGACCGUCUGACAGACUUGUACGAACGUCUUGAUGACAUGGAUGCUGCUACAGCCGAGGUUCGCGCCCGUCAGAUUCUAUCCGGUCUGACAUUCUCAGACGCUAUGAUGAACAAGAAGACUAAGGAGUUUUCUGGUGGAUGGCGUAUGCGUAUCGCGCUAGCUCGUGCUCUUUUUAUCCAGCCGACUUUGCUUUUGCUUGAUGAGCCAACUAAUCAUUUGGAUAUGGAAGCUGUUGUUUGGCUUGAAGACUAUUUGUCAAAGUGGAAAAAGAUUCUUCUCAUGAUUUCGCAUUCGCAAGAAUUUAUGAACGAAGUCUGUACGAAUAUCAUUGAUCUCACCAAUAAGAAGCUCGAGUAUUACGCUGGUAAUUAUGACACGUAUGUGCGCACAAAGGCUGAGAAAGAGGAGAAUCAGAUGAAACGUUAUCAUUGGGAGCAAGACCAGAUCAAGCACAUGAAGGAAUAUAUUGCCAGAUUUGGUCACGGAUCCGCGAAGCUCGCUCGUCAGGCUCAAAGUAAAGAGAAAACGCUGGCCAAGAUGGUUCGCGAAGGUUUGACGGAAAAGGUCGAGUCUGAGUCGACUGGAGAUUUCAAGUUUCCUAACCCGGAGCCAUUGCCACCACCGGUGCUGAUGUUCCAGAAUGUAGCGUUUGGGUAUCCAAAUUGCCCUUUGCUGUAUUCAGGCGUCGAAAUGGGGUUGGAUUUGGACUCGCGUGUUGCUCUAGUUGGUGCUAACGGUACCGGUAAGACCACACUGCUUAAGCUGAUUACAGGAGAUUUGGUGCCUGUUGCCGGUAAUGUCCGACCGCACAGCAAGUUGCGUAUUGCGCGAUUUAGCCAGCACUUCGUUGAUGUAUUAGAUUUGACGAAAUCGCCGCUGGAGUAUUUCCGGUCGCUUUUUGAAAACAAGUCCGUUGAAGAGGUGAGAACUUACCUCGGCCGGUACGGAAUUACUGGUGAAGUGCAAACACAGAUCAUGGGCCAGCUGUCCGAUGGCCAAAAGAGUCGAGUUGUGUUUGCUUACAUGGCUCAGCAGAAUGCCCACAUGUUACUACUCGAUGAGCCAACUAAUCAUUUGGAUAUGGAGUCGAUCGAUGCAUUGGCUCGUGCCAUCAAUAAUUUUGGAGGAGGGAUGCUGCUGGUGAGUCACGACAUGCGAUUGAUUUCCCAGGUUGCUAAAGAGAUUUGGCUCGUGGAAAAUCAGUCUAUUCGAGUGUAUCAAGGCGAAAUUUCGGAUUUCAAAAUGCGCGUUCGGCAGCAGCUUAAGCUAGGAGAUAAAGAGUCCGUUAAGUCUGCAAAUGAGUAG